GUUAGUGUGCGAGAACAAGAGACUGAGUGAUGGGAUCGCUUUUGUUACGCGCAGUUCAGACCGAUGAAAAAUGACAGCUGACAUAAAAGCCGUGUAAAUUAUCAGUAAAAAAUUAAUAAAAUAUUAAAUUAUUAAUUAAUAAAUUUCAGUCUAUGAAAAAAAAAAUAUCGUUGAAGUUUUGAGUAAAAUAUAAAAUAAUAAUAAAAAUAUAUAAAAUGGGAAUUAAUAAUCGCAGUGGAAGAAAAAUAUCGCGGCCGGCUCGGAAUGUUAAUCUUGUGAUGAAUGCAAUGAGAAAUCUGAGGGACGAAAACGGCAGUACAGUUGCUAAUAUUAUGGAAUAUAUUUCGGAUACCGUUGAACAUCCAGCCACAAAACGCCAAGUUCUGGCGGCUCUGAAACGUGGGGUAGAAUAUGGUAUAAUGGAUCGUAAACGCGGUCGGUAUUUUCUACCGGGAGAAAAACCUCGUAUAAAUUUAUCACGCGCCAAUCACGAUCACACUGGCGAUAGCGAGGGCGAUAGCGACGGUGAUGGUGACAGCAACCCCGGAGAUGCCGGAGCUACCAGAAAAUCCCAAGUGUUCGAAGAUCGUGGGCAUCGUUUUAAAUCCCGAAAUACCGAUAAAACAAAGCGAGAAAACAUCAGCAGCAAAUCCAAGGAUUCUUCUCGUCGUAAAAGAAAACCCAGCAGAAAAUCCACCGGACGUAGAUCCGUCAAGCGAACAAGAUUUGCACGGUCAUUAAAGUCUUACGAUCUAUCCGAUUACUACAAAAAUCCGGACUACCGUGCAUCUGGGGUGUCUUCUAUUGAUUCAAUGGAGUAUUGGGAAGGCGAAGACUUUAGACGCAGCUACAUCAAUUAGUCAUUUUUCCAUUACCCAUUAAAUCCUCUCCCCAUCACCUUAGCAUACUUCCACUAUUAUUAUUAUUAUCAUUACCAUUAUUACAUUUGAACUAUCUUCAUUAUCACCCAACUGUUAAAUUAAUUGUUCAAUAAAAUAUUAUUACUGUCUCAUAAAAUCGUUAGUCCAUUGUAA